UGUGUGUUCAGUUUAUUUUUUAUUAUACGAUGAUUCAUCCGAUGAAAGGGACAAGUUCCGAUUGUACCUGCUGGAUAUAAAAACUGUUAAAAUGUUUUUAGUGAUACUGAUCCACACAACUUUUCAAUUGACUGUUUCAGCCCAACAUAACCUUACACCAUAUGGAACAGCUACGCAGAGUUCUGAUUACGAAGAAAGUCUACCACAAAAUGCUAUACACCCACCUAUAUCAAAUGACUUUAGUAAGACUACAUGUUCCCAUACAGACAUUAGUAGUAAACCAGCUUGGUGGAUGUUUCAAUUUUCUUUCGGUUCUGCAUACAUCACAGAUAUAACAAUAUACUACAGAGCAGCCUAUGCUUAUCGUAUGGAUGGAUUUAAAUUAUAUGUGACCAAUACAUCAACUAUUCCACCUGACGGCUAUCUCUGUUACGAAGAUCCUGAUCCAGGUCUUCCCAGCACUACUCAGACAAUACCCUGUAAUCAACUUGGACAAUACGUCAUUUAUUACGAUAAAAAAGGCGAUCAUCAAUUCGGACCAAUAAUUGAAUUAUGCUAUGUUGCCAUCACAGGAUGUCCGAAAGGUACAUGGGGGAGGAACUGCACUGAGACAUGUUCUCCCAAAUGUAUAGACCAACACUGUUAUCCUGGAAAUGGUUCAUGUUUUCAGGAAUCCCUUGGAUGGUGUAAACUUCCCAAAAAAAACGUGUAUGGUGUAAUGGUGUAUGGCAUAUGGUGCAAUGGUCGAAGGUGUAUGGUGCUAUGGUGUAUGGUGUAAGGGGAAUGGUGUAAUGGUAUAACGUGCGAUCGGGAAUGGUGUGAAUGAAUGGUGUACGACAUUUUAAACUAUGCUAAAUAUUGAUAAGAACUGAUUUUUAAUUGUAUACAUUAAUUUACAAUAUUGUGAUCAAAAUUUGUUUUUUAAAAUGAAUAAAUAAUUUUGUAGUCGCACGCUUUCUUUGAAAUUAAAUUGUAUUAUGGUGUAAUGUGUAAGGUGUAUGGUGCAAAGGUGUAACGUGUAUGGUGUAAUGGCACAGAGUGUAUGGUGUAAUGGUGUUAGUGGGAAGUGUACACCAUCCAAGGACUGUAUUUUGUGUGUAUCGUAUUACUUGCGCAAAUGAGAUAUGUUUUGCAACAUAAACAACAGAAAUUAUAUGUUUCCUGCACAGUUACAGACGGGAACCCACUGAUGAUCAUUCCAUUCAAACAUGCUUCAAUAUGUGUGGAUUUCGAUCAUAAUGAGGGCUCGACGGGAUAGAAUCCAGUUAAUCAAAAAGAUCAUCAUCUGAACAAAAUAUCAUUUUUUGAUAUCACAUUUUAAGAAUUUGAAACUGUAUUUGUUCUAAUAUUCUUGUGAAUUCGAUCCAAAUAGUUUUAACCUACUUGUAUAUUUUAAAUAUAUGUGCAAGGAAUGCUUCCAGCUCGUCAUGGAUCUUCUACGCUUUGCUGCCUUCAAAUAAUUGUUUAAUUGAUAACUAUAAACAAUUCAAAAAUUGUUUUGGGUACUACAAAUAAAUGUAAUCGUAUUGACUCAUCUAGUUCCACCAAGAAUCAUACUAGUAUUAAUCUAGAUAUCCAACAUCCAAAUUGUUAUACAAGGAGGAUUAUAAAUUCCAAAAAUUUACCAUUUGCAUAUUACAUAUCUAUUGGCGAUUUAUACACGGUUCUCCAACUCAGAACAGUACAAAAACAAAUGAGAUAAAGUAUAAAUACUCUUCUAUCACAGUUCAUUUUCCAAUUAUAAUAUAAGAUCAAUAUAUAUAUAUAUAUAUAUAUAUAUAUAUAUAUAUAUAUAUCAGUUUUAACGACAUUUAAGUACAAAUAUAUUUCAGACUCAAAAUUAUUUAUAUUUUUGGAAUUAAAAAUUAAGUAUAGACAGUUCUGAAAUUUAAAAUGUUAAACAUUUGACUUAACUCGAAAGUCUAAGUUUUAAAUUUUUGAAAUUCUAUUUUAACUUUUCAAUCGUAAAAAUUUUAAGUUUAAAGUCAACAUUCAGAGUUAAAAAAGAUAAUAUGAAUUAUGGCUGAAUAGAAAUUUUGCAGAAAAUUCGAGCCAACACAGAAGAAAACUAGAUGCAAUUAGCUGCGUUUGAAACUUAGCGACUUUAAUCCAAGACCUACCGAAAAAAAAAAAAAACUGACUGUCAAAAAGUAAAGAACGAUUUCUUUAAAGUGAACUAACUUUAACUACACUGACAAAGCCACCAUACUCCUCUUCGUGGAAAUAAGAUGGUAGAAUGUAGUGAAUUUUAUUGACAUUUUUGCUUAAAUACUCAAUAUAUUUGUUAAGUACAUUAAUUAUCAUUUUAUGAAUAAUAAUUGUAUUGUUAAGUUUCAACAUUUUAAAGUGCAGAUUUUGUUGUAUCAUACUACCAAAGAGCCCGUAAGUUAAUGCAUUUCCCUGUGCACAUUUAAUUGUUCAAUACAUAACUUGGUGUUUUAAUUAAUUAUAUAUUUUGUGCUUUUCUUUCAAGAUUUCAUAGCACAAAAUGUAUUGUAUUAUAAGUAAAUAGCAAGUCAAAGCAAUUUCCUGUAUAAAAAUUCAAGAUUUUAUACUUUAUUCGGCCAUUACAUGUACAUGAUUAGUGCAUACAUUAACGCGUCAAUUUUUACGAUUGUAAAAUUGUUUCGUUGUACAUCACUGCUGUGUUUAUAUGAGUGUUCUUUGAGGAAUUAAAUAAAUUUAUUUCUGA